AAUCUCACCGCAUAGGCUAUAACUCGGAAAGUUUGUGUUCGGGGUCUGUUUUUAUUUGAAUGAUAUUUCAUUGAUGGUGGUCUCCUUAUAGUAAGAGUGUACUGGACAGUGUGUCAAAAACCCUUGUGCCAGGACAUACGUGGGCAAACGUUACCGGGUUUCAACACUACAUGUUAACCUGUUUAUUCAGACUGAUAAGAGCUUAAAGCUUACCAAGAGCCUGUGAAACUCUAGACAGUUUCGGCUCACUAAAUAGGGUGCUUGCCAGGGUUUAUUGUACCGCAUGAGAAGCACUGCAGAAUCGAAAGGUUUUUGAGUUUUGAUUUUUCUCAAUAAUUUACUACUUAUAUUAAUAAAAAUAAAACUCAGUAAUAUGUUUAAAUAUAUAUAUAAUGUACGCUGUUAAUUGUAGUUUACGUAACUUUGAGUAUGACUGUGGCAUCAAUCGUUUAAACUUUAUCUAAAUUAAUCACAGCCAAUUAUUUUGUGCACUUUUCAUUGGGUUAAUACAAACAACGUGUUUCCAAUACCAGCUGUUCAGUAUUGGUGUAAUUGCUAACACGGACACUAGCAGAGAAAAUGUGUUUAUCAUGCAUGCAUGAUAAAUCUUUACUUUAUAGUUUUCGGCUCUAUUUAGUUGGUAAUUUAUCAUUGGUUUGCUAGCGUGAGAUAAGCCGGUGACUCUUGUUUUGUUGUUAAUCUUUGGGCAAGUGCUCGUGACUCUGUUCAGAAGCUUAAAUUCAUCAUGUAACGUUCAUCUCAGUGGCAAAAUGAAAGAUACAUUCAAGAAUUUUACCUGGAACCUAAAGUCAGUUUAUGACUUUGGCCCCAACUCUUUAGGAUUCAAAAUCUUUAAGAGAAUUAACUUCUGAAACUUAUCGUAAUCUUAAGAGCAUUAGUGCUGACUGAAUUAGGAGUCUGCUGGGGUUUGGCAUUGCGUAACUGUUGCAAACAAGGACAUUGCAUGUACAUUUUCCGACAGAGGGCAUUUUUUCGUCCUAAAUGACAAGGAAGGAAGGAGUUUAGAAAAAUGCUUGAAUAAAGUUCCUAGAUGUGGCAGCUUUAAAAGUCACCGGUCAGUACUUUUCCAGUGAGGACUGAAGUUUGGCUCGAGUCCUGUUGCUAUUGUCUCGCUGGCUUGCGUCACAAUGGUUCAAGUGGAGCUUUGGAGAGACGCAAGAAAAGGGAGAAUGAGGGAGUAUUUAGAAUCAAUGAAUGAUGUGUGCUCGUGGAUGGCACUGACCCGUUUGCAAAUGUAUGAUGAGUAAAGGGGUUUUCCGGCUUUAUCUUGCGAUGAGUAAACUGUUAAUGUAUUCUAAGGGUGGUAACUGUAGGUUUGUUAUCGACAGAAAGGUUUCUCCCCUCAAGUCAUUUGCUGACCAUUUUGAUGGUACAGACAGUACAUGUUGUUCUUCUCUGCUUGCUGGAUCUGGGAAGAUCUUGUUUUCAAUUUUAAUAGUAAAGUUUGGGGUGUGACGCGCUCACAGACGUCACUGCUGGCUCCGAACUCGAGACUGUCAAAUACGCCAAUUACGCCCCCCCCCCUCAAGGCAAGCGGUGUUUUCGCUCAGGGAAUCUGCGCAUUAAGGCACGCCCCUCAUCUAGGCCACGCCUCUUAGCGGAACGCGACUCUAGACUCCUCCUCCGGACUGUUAAAUAGUUGGAACAGAAGCGUACGGAGUUCAGUAGCGCUUUGUGUCGUUUUGCACUCGGUCUCACAGUGGAAAACUACAGCGAUGACCAUUCAAACGGAGACCGACCUGACCUACUCUAAAACAAGAGGACUAGUCGCUAAUCUCAGUGCGUUUAUGAAACAGAGAAAGAUGGGACUGAACGACUUCAUACAGAAACUUUCCACCAGCUCUUAUGCAUGCAAGCAUCCUGAGGUUCAGUCCAUCUUGAACUUAACACCUCCACAAGAUGCUGAGCUGAUGAAUAGCAACCCUUCCCCACCGCCAAGCCCCUCUCAACAGAUAAACCUCGGUCCCUCUUCCAACCCCACCGCCAAACCUUCAGACUUCGACUUCCUCAAGGUCAUCGGAAAAGGCAGCUUUGGCAAAGUCCUGCUGGCCCGACACCGGAGCGAUGAGCAGUUCUAUGCCGUUAAGGUUCUGCAAAAGAAGGCUAUCCUGAAGAAGAAAGAGGAGAAACACAUCAUGUCCGAGCGAAACGUGUUACUGAAGAAUGUCAAGCAUCCUUUCUUGGUGGGCCUGCAUUACUCCUUCCAGACUGCUGAUAAACUCUACUUCGUACUGGACUACAUCAAUGGCGGAGAGCUGUUUUAUCACUUGCAAAGGGAGAGAUGUUUUCUGGAGCCGCGUGCACGGUUCUACACUGCGGAGAUCGCGAGCGCAUUGGGGUACUUGCACUCGCUGAACAUUGUGUACCGAGACUUGAAGCCUGAGAACAUUCUGUUGGAUUCGCAAGGACACAUCAUCCUCACCGACUUCGGCCUGUGUAAGGAGAACAUAGAACCUAAUGGAACGACAUCUACGUUUUGUGGAACACCGGAGUAUUUGGCACCCGAGGUGUUGCAUAAGCAGCCGUAUGACCGAACGGUGGACUGGUGGUGCUUGGGUGCAGUGCUGUAUGAAAUGUUAUAUGGCCUGCCUCCGUUCUACAGCCGAAACACAGCAGAAAUGUACGAUAAUAUCUUGAACAAGCCGUUGCAGCUCAAACCCAACAUAUCAAAUGCUGCUAGACAUCUGCUGGAGGGUCUGCUGCAGAAAGACCGUACCAAGAGACUGGGCUUCACGGAUGACUUUACUGAGAUCAAGAAUCACAUGUUCUUUUCUCCAAUAAACUGGGAUGACCUGAACGCCAAGAAGCUCACGCCUCCUUUCAACCCUAACGUUACUGGGCCUAAUGACUUGCGGCACUUUGACCCAGAGUUCACUGAUGAACCGGUGCCAAAUUCCAUCGGCUGUUCUCCAGACAGCGCUUUGGUCACAUCCAGCAUCACAGAGGCAACUGAGGCCUUCCUGGGUUUCUCAUACGCUCCCGCCAUGGAUUCCUACCUGUAGCGCCCAUCGACGCAGAAACACAUCUCAUAGACUUAUUAUUACCUGUAGCUCAUUACCAUGGAAACCCUAUCCCAUGGAAUCUCACAUGUAGUGCAUCACUAUGAGAAAGAAAACCCAGUCUCAUUUUAACCCGUCCCCAGGAGGGAGCAUUUGCACAUGGCGUACAGCAGCUCAAAGCACCUUUGUUAAGAAGGCUUGAGUUUUACACGUAUUACAACAAAAGACUCAUCUGCAUCGUCCGCAUCCAACUGCACGAUUUCUUAUCCGCUUUCACAGAAGGUGAAAGAUAGAGGGAGAAGGUUGGUGCUAAUGGACUUUUAUUAUAUAUUUUUGGCCAUCUUACUUUUAUAGAAUUGUUGAUGAGUGCGAGAUAUUUUGGAUGUGUGUGUGUGUGUGUUCAUCUUAACACUCUUGGUUUAAUUUUUCUUUCUAAAUCAUGUGAUCUGGCUCAUCAGUCAGAUAUAAAUAUAGUCGUAAUGACGCUAAAACCACUGAAAUAUAUCAGCAUCUGAUGUUAAUGUGAUUUAUCAGUUAUGCAUCUGGGAUCAAAGUUGCACAUUUAGUUUUUCAUUAACUUUUUAAUUUAAAGAGCACUUCCCUAGUUUUUUUGUUGUUCUUUUGACUUGAGUGGGAGGUGCUUGAGGCGGGAUCUGCUGCUACUGUGUGUAGAUAAGCACCUGGACCAACGAAUCAGACGCCUCUGUCUCACCUUAGUCUUCCAGCCUCCUAGGAUGGACUGAUAUGUUCAAGCAUCAUUCCAUUGAAUAAGACUGUAUUGCUAUUUAAGUUCGUUUGUAUAUUUUAUGUGUAUGUAUUAGUUUUAAUGUAUAUGGAACAAAAAGGUAUGCUUAUAUGUAACAAUAAAUGUACUGUAAAGUUGUAAAAUGUUUCAAUUAUGUGACCUUGUUUGGUUCGCAAUAAAACUUUAUGGUUAUUUUC